AUGAGUAAUAAAAUGAGCACUUCUAAAUGUGUUCAAAAUUCUUGUUGUUCUUCUGACACGAGUAUUCCGUGCAUGAAGAGAAAAUAUACCUACAAGAAAAUCGUAAAAGGGAAAAGAUGGGAAUAUCCUCUUCCGUGUAUAAGAGAUUACUGGAUGAAAAUGAUUGACGAAAAGGAAAAGAAAUUACUCGCAGUAAGAAAUCCUUUUCUUAAAUUAUCCUACAAUUCCUUUCCUAAAAAAUAUUGCAAUUCUAUUGAUUGUAAUACAUUCGUUGAGAAUCAAUCGUUUAAUCGCAAUUCUUUUUCUAAUUCUUGCUUAGAUGAUCGCGAUACGUCCGACAAUUCUUUGCACAAGUCACAUCUUAUAAAAGCAAACGUUAAAUCGAAUAGAAAUCGUUUCGAUAACGUAAAAUCGAUAUUAAAGAGAUCGCAUCAAACUGUUCCAAAAAGUCUGGAUACAAUGUGCUAUUCUACCACAUUUGAAAAUGUACGAAUCCCAAAAUUAAAUACCCGUGGUCCUCAACCUAGUUCCGGUAGAAUUCAUCCUGGUAAAGUGGAUGAUAUCCGGGCUUCUUUCAGUGUUCAAAAUGAAGGAAAGAUACAAGAAAAUAAUUCUACCACUCUACCAAUUCUGACUAAAUAUCCUCGGAUGUCAGAAUUCCAAUCAACAUUGAAAAAAUUACGGAAAUAUUUAAAAUUAUCGAAGGAAAAAGAUCUCAAAACCAAGGAUCAGGCUCUACAUGAGAAUGAUAAAACGAUAAAAGAAAUUAGAAAGAAACUUUCAACUGAUCGAUCCACGAUGAAACGAAUUAAGGAAAAUUUAUUACCAAACGAAGAUUCUUUAAAGUAUACCGCUCGUUCUGCUUAUAAAGCAUUGAAACGUUUGUCAAAGGACAAAAAUUUAGAUUUCAAAUUGAAAUCUAUCGACCAUUUAAAACAAGGAUCAUUUUUGAGUGAAAAUUUUCUGGUAAGUAAUGACGACAACCAAGUUUUGGUAAAAAGUAAACAGAUUGAAAAAGAUAAAUUAAAUGAAGAAUCGUCUCGUAUUUGCGAGAUGCCGACAAUUUUUGAACAAAAAUCACUCGAGGAUUCAGAAUUUUCAGGUACCGACGAUGAAAACGGAGCUUUGAAAUCCGACGAGUCAACGUCGAGAAGCAUUCCCACCGAAUCUCGUUACACAUCGGGGCCUAAUCCAGAAUUCGUGUUGUCAGAGGGCUUGGAGGACAAUCCUUUUACCCGUAUUCUAUCAUCGAUUCCAAAAUUAUCCUAUCCAAGGAAAAGUCGGGACAGGUGUUUGCCGUGUAUGUACAAAUCGUUCGAGACUCCUCCCGAACGAAAGAUAUCCCUACCCAGAACCGUUUUGCAGAGAAUUAUAGAUGAUGAAAAAUUCAAAGUAACGUCGCUUAAAGAUUCAUUCGAAGACAGCGAUUCCACUUCCAUUUCCACUUCCACCAGCAUACCAAGUCUUAAAAACGAAAUUGAAAGAAUUUUGAACGAUGAAGUUGAAACGAGAAACGUUGGAUUCGACGACGUGGAAUCCAAUGUUCCUGAAAGUGAAGUUACAGAGGAUGCCGCUUCCUCGUUCCAAGAGAAGGGAAUACAGAAACGACCAGAGGACGCAGCGGAGCAAAAAAGUACUGCGGAACCGGAGACUUCGCGUGACGAGAUUACAAAGAAAGGUAAAGGGGAUCCGCAACACGACGAGGCAGCAUCGACAAAUUUGAACGAGGAGGCUCGAAUCGAGAUAAAUCGGACGCAAGUCGCUUCCCUGGAACAAACGAAAGAAGGUCGUUCCUCGUUACGCAACGAGAGCACGGAGGAAGAAGAAGACGACUCGAUUGCGACCUCGAUCGGCGACGAUCAACCUAAACCGAAAUACUUGGCGCCCUGUCAUGCUCCCACGAAUUUCAGGCCGAGCUUAGAGCCCCUUCGAGCCCUGAGAAACCGUAAACCGACGACUCUGCAACAUCGUGUCGACCUGCUCGACACAUCCUCGUUGAGAAAAAGCGAUUCCGUGGACGAGCAGGUUGCGGAAAAAUCAAGGCCUAAAAGUGUCCUCGAGAAGAAGAGAUCGAGCGGAGACGAGGCGGAGCCUGUGCCGCCUCGGCCCUUAACGAAAGCGAAGUCUGUCCUGGAAAAAUUGACGGCUGAAAAAGGUGAAACGAUCGUGGAGAAGCGGCAACGCGUUCUCAGAAAGGGAACCAGCUUCUCGGGCUUUUCCGUAUCAACACCGACGUCCAACAAGUCGGAAAUAUAUCGCGACGACGCGUCAAAGGGCACAUUACGAGAAUUGGACGAGACUCGUGACGAUGGCCUUUUAAAAACACCACUCGCGACCGAUUUAUCGAGAGCCGGGACGAAUUUGCCGCUUACACGUCCGGACGAGAUCGUGGAAAUUUUAACGAAUCUCGAGGAGAACGUAUCGUCCACCGAUAUGUUAAACAUCUUGUGCAAAGAAUUUUCGGAACGGUUGACGAAAAAUAGCGAGAACGACGACCCGAUCACAGGAGAGCGUAAUAGAAUGAUUACGAAUCUCGUCAGGUUGUUAAUUGAUUCUAAACGUUAUUUGUAUCCUGAUAAAUAUCCUUCUGAUUUGCUUUUCUCCAUUGAUCAGCCACCCAUACAUAACAUCAAACUCUUGAAACGGAUACUACCUAUAGAUACUUAUAAUAAAAUUUCGAAAUUGAUGAAACUACCCAAAUGGCAUAUAAAACAAGAGAUAGUUAAAGAAAAAAAAGUCGAGGAGGAGAAAGUCGAAAUAGAAAGUUUCGACAGUUUGGAGGUGAAUCCACCGACAUUGGAAGACGAGGAACCGCCCGAUGAGGAGAAACUGCCCAUGGAGCGUAGAUACAAUCCUUACGCUCUAUUUCUGAUGAAACCAAGACGUAAGGUGAUUACGUGGCGCUCUUUGAAGAAAGAAGAUCUCGAGGGCUACGAUCCGGAGGCGACGCUCAAAAUGAGAGCCGACAACUCGAUGAAAAGGAUAUGUCAGGACUUCUGCCAGUGGGUCGAAUCUUUGGGCGGGACGGAUAAUACCAUCGACGAGGAAGUUCUCAGGGAUAUGUUUGAAAUCGAUUUCAGUGCGGAUAUUUGCAGAACGUUACAGGUGUCGAUCAAGGAAAUGCCGGUUGUGCCCGCGGAGGUGGCCUUCACGAGAAACUCGCCCGGCGCGAGCAAGCUCAUCAUGACGAAGAAACACGUGAUGAGGGAUGCGAAAGCGGAAAAAACUCCACCGAAGAUAAAAGCCUUCGGCACGGCUCUGCCUCUGAAUAUUCAAUUCAUACCGCCCGAUAAUCAGGUACACAAGAGAUGGCUGGAAUGCGAGGACGUGCCUGUGGAUAUCGAAACGAUGGAAGCUGUUUGGAAAGAUAUAAUGAUGCUUAGAAGCGUGAGAGGUUUCGUGGAGUGGCUUCAAGAGCAUCCAAAGAUACCACCGCCGGAAGCUUUGAAGAAAAUGGUAGCGAUGGAUCCGAAAAUGCUGAGACAGAUCGAGGACGACGAGAUGUUCGCCCAUCUCGAGCUGGAUAUCGAGCAAAUCAAAACUUUGAGAGUGGCGGUUAACGAAGACAUUCCCAUGAAGAUAUGA